AUGCCUCCCAAGCGCGGACAGAAGGGCUCGAAGCAGUCGUCCAAGGCUCCAUCCAAGGCCGCCUCCAAGGCUCCCUCGGGCGCCAACACGCCUCGCGCUCCCACCGAGCCGCAGACGCCCGUCAAGCAGGCCCCGGGCCUCCUGGGCCUCAACUUUGGCCAGAGCUUCUCCAGCGUCGCCAUCAUCGACAAGGAGGGCCUCGCCGACUGCAUCGCCAACGACGACGGUGAGCGCCAGAUCGCCUCGGCCCUGUCGUUCAGCGGCACCGAGGAGUACUACGGCGUCCCGGCCCGUGUCCAGCUCGUGCGCAACCCCAAGAACACCAUCCUCGCCUUCCGCAACCUCCUCGGCAAGACCUUUGCCGAGGUCAAGGACGUCAAGCAGCCGUGCAACUCGGCGCCCAUCGUCGACAAGGACGGCCAGCCGGCCUUCACCGUCGAGAUCAACGGCGCCGCGACGACCCUGACGGCACACGACUGCGCCGUCCGCUUCCUGCGCGUCCUCCUGUCGUACGCGACCGACUUCCUCGGCCGCCCCAUCUCGGACGCUGUCCUCACCGUCCCGUCCGACUUCUCGGCCGCCCAGACCGACGCCCUCGUCGCCGCCGCGACCGAGGCCGGCGUCACGGUCGUCCAGACGGUGCCCGAGGCGGCCGCCGCCCUGACGGCCUACGCCGCGACCGAGGUCGCCGACGCCGGCGCCGACAAGCUCGCGAUCGACCGCAACGCCGUCGUGCUCGACGUCGGCGCCACGUCGACGACGGCGACCGUGGUCGCGAUCCGCGACGGCCUGUUCCACCCGCUCGCGUCCGUGUCGGACCGCGAGCUCGGCGGCGACCUGUUUGACCAGAAGCUCAUGGACUGGUUCGCCAAGGAGUUUACCAAGAAGACCAAGACGCCGCUCGAGCAGUCGAACCACCGCGCCCAGAUGAAGCUGCGCCUCGCCGUCGAGGUGACCAAGAAGUCGCUGUCGGCGUCGACGACGGCGCCGUGCUCGGUCGAGUCGCUCGCCGAGGGCCUCGACUUCCACGGCACGGUGAACCGCAUGCGGUUCGACCUCCUCGCCGCGUCCGUGUACGCGCGCAUCGUCGCCCAGGUCGAGAAGGCGCUCGCCCAGGCCGAGCUCGACCCGCUCGACGUGACCGAGCUCGUCCUCGUCGGCGGCACGACCAAGCUCCCGACGCUCGCCAACAAGGUCCUCGACGUCCUCCGCAACGACGCGACCGUCGUCUCGAGCCAGAUCGAGCCCGACGAGGUCCUCAGCAAGGGCUCGGCCCUCCAGGCCCAGUCGCUCCGCGCCGCGUUCCCCGCCGACGCGCCCAACAGCGCCGAGCUCGUCAAGCGCUCGACGACCGACAGCGCCGUCGUCGCGCCCGAGGCCCUCGCGCGCCCGCUCGGCUUUGUCCUCGAGCCCGAGCUGUCUGGCACGCCCGCCGACCUCGCGUUCGUCACGCUCGUCGACGCCCACACGCCGCUCCCCGCACGGCGCAUCGUCGACGUCCCGCUCGAGUCCGACACGGUCAAGGAGGUCGUCGUCGCGCUGUGGGAGGGCGAGCACUUUGUCAAGGUGACGCCGGCCCUCACCAAGGUCGAGGCGGCAAAGGGUGCCGUCGCCGGCGCCGUCGGGUCCUUCAUGGCCGCCGCCAAGAACGCGGUCGGGGCCGGCCCCGCCGAGGACGACGUGUCGGACGACGAGGACGAGGACGAGGACAUUCGCACGCCCGAGGUGCGCGCGACCAAGGCCAUUGCCGACCUCGUCGUGCCCGUCGACGGGAGCAAGAAGGGUUCGCACGUGCGCCUCACUAUCGUCGUCGACAAGGGCGGCAAGGGCCACCUCGAGGCGCACCAGCUCGUCGACGGCGCAAAGAGCGUCACCAAGGACUUCUAGAUCUUGGUCCUGCACUCGAAAAAAAGCCCCUCGUACACUCGGGCCGUCGUUCCCUCUUGUUCUCGCUCGCGUCGGAAGCUCGGUAGACGGACGAGGCGUAUCCUUCCCUCUCUCCCUCUCUCUCUCUCUUUCUCUCUCGUUGUCUCUCCCGCAUUGUCCCUCUGUCCCUGUCCUCCUGCAAGAGCAACCUCUUCCCGCCUCUCG